UAUGUAUAGGAAUUGAUUCGUGAAAAAGUUGCUAUUGAUGCAGUGAAACGAAAAAGAGGUCGAUGAGGGAAAUGAGUGGAUGGGAAAAUGGGUGUGUACUUGUGUGUUCUUUAUAGUGGUCCAUCCAUUUCACUAGUAGCGGAUGGAUGAAUGAAUGAAUGGAAGGUGGAACAAGUGGAGAGAAGUGAGAGAGAGAGAAUAGCACCUUCUUAUGCCAAUCUCUAAAGCAUUUUUGCCCCACACCAAACUUCAAUCACUGGUUCACUCCUUGACAUUAUGAAAUGGUGUCAAACUCAAGCUACCCUUUUUCUGUUUUUCUUUCACUCUUUUAGCAUAUUUCGAUUUCAAUGUCACGCUAUAUGUUUCUCGAAACUAUUCUUUUUCUGUCAUUCUCUCUCGGUCUCACACUCACACACGCCACUACCGAGAGGUAGUGCUAGUGCUAGAGUUAAUGCUCAAGCUCUAAUAUCUCCAAUUCUACUCCACUACAGAUUUCUUCACUCUUGUAUUGUAUUCCUUUGGAAACUUCCAAUUCAAUACCAAUACACACACUAUGGAACUGUCAACACCCUUUUGUUCUCUGCUCCGUGUCUAUGCAUUUUCCAACACAUCCCACUAACACAACAAUCUUUCUAACACUACCAACAAAACAAGACUCUGUUUUCCUCUCAUUUUGAAGAAGAGAUGAAGACAGACUUCGGAGGUUCAGCACAGUUUUUAUGAAUCAGGUAUCAGGUUCUUUUUUCAAGCCAGUUGUUUCCAGGAUGGUCCCUGCAAUAAUGGUUUAUUGAUCACCCAAGUUCGAAUAUUAUCAUCCACCUUGCUGGCAUUCCAAUGAUUCUACUUCUUAUCUGAACUGACAGAUUUGCCCCCGAAUCCUGUCUUAAUGGCCAAGAGCCCCUGUCUCUUAUCCUUUUUCCAGUUAUUGGCAGUGCUCUUUCUCACCUUCUACUCUAUUUUCCCGCCUUGUGUGUCUCAGACGUCGGAAAGCCACGCUCUUUUUCAGUUCAAGAACCAUUUGAAGGACUCCUUGAAUUAUUUGGCUUCCUGGAAUGAAUCAGAUUCUCCAUGUGACUUUUAUGGAAUUACAUGUGAUCAAGUUUCUGGGAGAGUCACAGAAAUCUCACUGGACAAUAAGUCCCUCUCUGGUGUCAUUUUCCCAUCACUCUCAGUUUUGCAGAGCCUGCAAGUUCUCUCACUACCGUCAAAUUUAAUUUCCGGAAAGCUUCCAGCAGAAAUAAGCAGGUGUACCAGCCUCAGAGUGUUGAAUCUAACAGGAAAUCAAUUGAUGGGACCAAUCCCAGACUUGUCUGGGCUGAGAAACCUGCAAAUUCUUGACCUUUCAGCAAACUACUUGUCUGGAAGCAUCCCUAGCUGGGUGGGGAAUCUAACCGGACUGGUUUCACUGGGUCUUGGGGAAAAUGCAUACAAUGAAGGUGAGAUUCCAGGGACUCUUGGAAAUCUGAAGAACUUGACAUGGCUUUAUCUUGGUGGCUCCCAUUUGGUAGGAGAGAUUCCAGAAUCACUGUAUGAAAUGAAGGCAUUGGAGACACUGGAUAUGUCAAGAAACAAAAUCUCUGGAAGACUAUCCAGAUCAAUUUCAAAGUUAGAGAAUCUUUACAAGAUUGAGCUCUUCUCAAAUAAUUUGACAGGAGAGGUUCCAGCACAGCUUGCAAACCUCACCAAUCUGCGGGAGAUUGACCUUUCUGCAAACAACAUGUAUGGUAGGUUGCCAGAGGAAAUUGGGAAUAUGAAGAACUUGGUUGUUUUUCAAUUAUAUGAAAACAGAUUUUCUGGAGAACUUCCUGUAGGAUUUGCAGAUAUGCGCCAUCUCAUUGGGUUCUCAAUAUAUAGAAACAACUUCACUGGGACAAUUCCAGAAAAUUUUGGCCGUUUUUCAGAACUUGAAAGUAUUGACAUAUCUGAGAAUCAAUUUGCAGGCGAUUUCCCAAAGUUCUUGUGUGAAAGAAGUAAGUUGAGGUUUUUGCUUGCAUUGCAAAACAAUUUCUCAGGGACUUUUCCGGAGUCUUAUGCUACAUGUAAAUCUAUGGAGAGAUUUAGGAUCAGUAUGAACCAGUUAUCUGGGAAAAUUCCAGAUGAGGUUUGGGCACUUCCGUAUGUAAAGAUAAUUGAUUUGGCGUAUAAUGAUUUCACUGGUGUUGUUCCUUCAGAAAUUGGGUUGUCUACUAGCUUAAAUCAGGUAGUUUUGACAAAAAACAGGUUUUCAGGUAAGCUCCCAUCAGAACUUGGCAAGCUGGUGAACUUGGAGAAGCUUUACUUGAGCAGCAACAAUUUCUCUGGUGAAAUACCGCCUGAAAUUGGAUCUCUGAAGCAGUUAUCCUCUUUGCAUGUAGAAGUGAAUUCCUUAACUGGUUCAAUUCCACCAGAACUGGGUAAUUGUGCAAGACUAGUGGACUUGAAUCUUGCUUGGAAUUCUCUAUCUGGAAAUAUCCCCCAGUCAAUUUCUCUUAUGAGCUCAUUGAACUCUCUUAACAUAUCUGGAAACAAACUUGAAGGUUCUAUUCCAGAUAGUUUAGAAGCCAUAAAGUUAAGCUCGGUGGAUUUUUCUGAAAACCUGCUUUCUGGAAGAAUCCCAUCUGGUCUUUUUAUUGUUGGAGGAGAGAAAGCUUUUAUUGGAAACAAGGGGCUGUGUUUCGAGGGAAAACUAAAACCUUCCCUGAAUUCUGAUCUGAAGAUUUGCGCCAAAAGCCAUGAUCAGCCAAGGGUUCCUGCUAAUAAAUUUGUCUUUAUCUUUCUCAUUGCUUCUACUUUUGUUGUUAUUUUAGCUGGUUUGCUGCUUUUGAGUUGUAGAAGCCUCAAGCAUGGUGCACAAAAUAGCAUGCAACGUCAGAAGGAAAUAAGUCAAAAAUGGAAACUUGCAUCUUUCCACCAAGUAGAUAUCGAUGCUGAUGAAAUAUGUAAUCUGGAUGAAGAUAAUUUGAUAGGUAGUGGUGGCACAGGAAAGGUUUAUCGAGUGGAAUUGAGGAAAAAUAGAGCCAUGGUGGCUGUCAAGCAACUAGGGAAAAUAGAUGGUGUGAAAAUUUUAGCUGCAGAGAUGGAGAUUUUGGGGAAAAUUAGGCAUAGAAAUAUACUUAAACUCUAUGCUUCUUUACUUAAAGGAGGAUCCAACCUUUUAGUGUUGGAGUACAUGCCAAAUGGUAAUCUAUUUCAAGCUCUCCAUGGACAGAUAAAAGAUGGGAAGCCAGACUUGGACUGGAAACAGAGGUAUAAAAUUGCUCUGGGAGCUGCAAAAGGAAUUGCUUAUUUACACCAUGACUGUAAUCCGCCUAUUAUUCAUAGGGAUAUAAAAUCCAGCAACAUUUUGCUUGACGAUGAUUAUGAGCCAAAAAUUGCUGAUUUUGGUAUUGCAAGGUUUGCAGAAAAAUCUGAUAAGCAGUUGGGAUAUAGCUGUCUGGCUGGCACACUUGGUUAUAUUGCUCCAGAACUUGCUUAUGCCACUGACAUCACUGAAAAGAGUGAUGUUUAUAGCUUUGGAGUGGUACUGUUAGAAUUAGUGACAGGCAGAGAACCAAUUGAAGAGGAUUAUGGAGAGGCAAAGGAUAUUGUUUAUUGGGUUUUGACUCAUCUGAAUGACCGUGAAAGUAUUCUCAACAUUCUUGAUGAAAGGGUGGCAUCUGAGUCUGUUGAAGAUAUGAUGAAAGUGUUGAAGAUUGGCAUCAAGUGCACCACUAAGCUUCCUUCUGUGCGUCCCACCAUGAGAGAGGUUGUUAAGAUGCUAAUCGAUGCAGAACCUUGUGCUUUGAAAUCUCCAAAAUGCCGUCAUCACAAGGACACAAAUGCCCUUCUCUGAUGAGUUUCUUUUCAAAAUGUAAUUGUAAUGUGAACCCUUUUCCUAACUUUGUAGCACUUUCGUAACCAUGCCGACAUACAUAUAUAUGAUUAUUAUGGCAUCCUAAAGGGUUGCUACCAAACCCUUUUUUUCUUAUUUUAUCGCUUUGCGUGUUUAGGUAUCUUGUGUAUUAUAGUACACCACUACCCCAAGCUCUUUUCACUUUUUCCUUUUCCUUUUAUUGUGGUUUUCUCUUUCGAGUUAUUAUUUCCAAAAACAUCUUUAUUUCUAAAACUCAUUUUUUAUUCAAAUAUUGACCCACUUUAUAGCAGUGGUUCAGAUUUUUGUUGGUAAGAAAGACGUUUUGUGAGAAAAAAACUUUAAGUUUGAAAUACAAAAACUUUUUGCUUUGCUCCCAUUUCUUCUAUAUACCAAAACUGCACCUAAGUGGUUUCUUUUGUCACUUGAGUUGUUGAAAUAAAAGGAAAGAGUCUAGAAACACACAUGUCAACGAUAGAUAUGAAGAUUCAACAAGUUGAAAAGCACAUAUAUUUUGGUUUGUUAGAGAUCUCCUCUUUAAAAUUUUCCUUCUAUUGGACUUUGUCUCGUGAAGAAAUAAGCGAAACAUUGACCGAGAAACCAGUAGCUGUUAGAAAAAGAAAAUGAAAAGGAGGGAUGUGAACCGUGUUAUUUUUGCUUUAGAAUGCACACUGAUUCAAACUAUUAAUUCCACGUAAUAAUUUCCAUUUCCUUGCUUGCUACAGAAUAGAAUCAUGAAUGAAUGAUACACUUGUUGGCGUCAUCAUCAAUUACAAAUUAUUACAGAAUUGUAAAACAAAAAUGGACCGGGUUAGUAUAUAUAAUUGAGUAGUCUGGUGUGAGGCGUGACGUCGAAAUUAGUAUGAAGAAAGGAA